ACAUUGUAUGUCCCACGUGCUUCUACAUAAAUUCACUUCGAAGCAUUUCUCGGUGAAACAUGGCGGCGAACGAACAAUUAAUUGCUGCGCUAGUGCAUGAUUAUUUAAAAAGAAAAGAUAAAACAUUGGCGGAAGUUUUCCAACAUAAAAUGAAAACGGGUGUCGUUAGUAAAGGCUCACCUAAAUUAGAGGAUAUCUUUAAAUAUUACCAACAGAAUAGCGGAACUAAAAUACCACCGAUUAAACAAACUGAUCAAAAUUCCAGCGAAAGUGACGAUGAUUCUCGCGACGAAAUCGCAAAGAGCCCCAUUUUCCAUCCAUUUACUAACGGUACAGCGGAAGCUUUAUCUAAAACGACAAAAUCCAGUUCAGAAGAUUCAUCAGAGGACAGCGAUGAUACUGAGAUAGAAAAGAAACCACCAGCCAAGUCUACAGGAAAAGGCGUUGCACCGUCUGGAAAGCCGAAAUGUACAGAGAGUUUCAAAAAGGACGAAAAAUCAGGAACUAAACCUGGAAAACACACAAUUCUUCAAACAAAGAAAAUGGACUCCUCCGGCGAUAGCAGUGACGAGGAACCAAUGAGCGCUAAAAAUAAUUUAAUGAAAAAAGAUAGCUCUUCGGAUGACUCUGACGAUAACACCGAGCACAAGAAAUCUGAAGGCAAAAAAGUUCAUAAAAAAGUUGCAAUUAUUUCAACAAAAGGAGCAGGUGGCACUAGCAAAAAUGACGAACUGCCGACUAAACCAAAUGCAUUCGUAUCCAAGAAAACUGCAGCUCCACAAGUAAAGAAGAAUAAAUCCUCGAGUGAUUCCGAUAGUAGUAGUGGAGAGGACAAAGCAACUAAUAAAAACUCUGCUAAGACUGCUGUUUCUAAAACAGUUGCUAUAAAGAAAAGUAGCUCGUCUAGCGAUGACAGUUCAGAUGAAGAUGAGAAUUUUAAUGGAACUGUUCGCAAAGGAGCUGCUUCAAAUAAAUCAUUUCCUAAAAAUGAGGAAGACAAAAAAAUUACGAACAAAAGUUCUACUAAACUGGCUACUACUAAGAAAGUUGUUACAGAAGAAACCAGCUCAUCUAGCGAUGACAGUUCAUAUGAAAAUGAAAACUUUAAAGGGCCUCUUAGCAAAGUGGUCGCUUCAACUAAAUUGAUUCCUAGAAAAGAGGAAGAGAAAUCAACUACUAAGAAAAAUUCUGCUAAAAUGGCUACUCCUAAAAUAGCUGUUACAAAGCAAGGUACCUCAUCUAGCGAUGACAGCUCAGAUGACAUUAAAAACUAUAAAAAAGUGCCUAUUGGCAAAGUAGCCCCUUCAACUUUAUCAACGCCCAAAAAACCUAACACAUCUUCAAGCGACGAAAGUUCAGAUAAAGAAACGAAACAAGAAAAACCCAAAGCAGUUUCUGUGAAAUUAACACCUGCACAACCUACAGUUGAACCGUCAAGCACUGAUUCUGAUAGUUCGGAAGAUAAAUGUAAGGAUGUUAUAAAAUCGACGGUUGCCAAGAAAGAGUCUAGCAGUGCUGACAGCUCAAGUGAUGAAAAACCUGGACAAUUUUUGAAAUCGACGGUAAAUAAAACCCCCAUUAUCAAAAAGAAAAAACCUGAGAGCAGCUCCGAUGACAGUUCGUCGGACGAUGAAACCGCAGCGCCUAAAAAAGCUCCUGUGCCCGUGAAUACGGUGGCAAACAAACAAUUUCAAUUUAGUUCUGACGAGUCCUCUUCAGAUGAAGAGUCCACAAAAAAAGCUCUGUCAGCUAAGCUGGCUACUCCAGUUAUAAAGAAGUCAACUACGGCCAAUGCGGAGGAUUCAUCAAGCGAUUCAGAUGAUACAACUGCAGCUCCCUCAGCUAAAAAGCGGCAGGUCGUUCCAUCGGUAAAACCCCAAUCAUCUAGUGACAGUGAUUCAUCAGAUAAUGAGAAGGAAAAACAAAUUGUUGCUUCUAAGCCAUCUGCUAAUCGUAAGACCACCAGCGAAGAUAGCGCUCGUAUCGAAGAACAUUCACGUUCUGGCCAAUGCACGCCAUUAUCAAAACCGGGACGCAAGCGGAAGCUGGAGCAAGCAAACUGUAAUUCUGAGAAUAAAUACAGUAAUUUUGUAAGGAGUAGUGAAAACAAGAAAAAUGCUUUUUCUUCGACUCCGGCCAGUCGUAAGAAUAAAGACAAAAAGGAUACCCCAAACUCAAGUGGUAAAAGGAAAGAACCGUUCCGAAGGGUCCGUGAAGAAGAUGUUGAAAUUGAUGAACGAGUUAAAGAUAUGUCUUUUGAAGCAAAGAAAAAUGCUGCAGGUUCUUGGGGUCAAAAGGCCAAUAGAGACUUAAAACAUACACGCGGCAAACACUUCAAACAUGAAAAAACUAAAAAGAAGCGCGGCAGUUAUCGUGGCGGACAAAUUGACAUGUGCGUCAAUUCCAUAAAAUUUGAUGACUAAUAACGUCAAUUUUCUUAACAGUAACAGUAAUUUUCUUCUAAUUUUCAUACAAUUGAAAGCUUUUGAAAACGAGCACAGUUUUACCUACGUUGGCUCUUUAGUAAGAUCUAUAUAUACUUUUAUUGAAAUCGACUAUGCGUCUUGCAUAUGCAUUGAAAGUUUAUAAAAUACCCACAUCUCGUAAAUACAUCUCCUCCAUAUUACAGAAUGUAUGUGUAAAUGUAUGCUUAAAGAUUUAUAUGCAUGUUAAUGACGUGGAAAGGUAUUCAAACAAAUACAUGCAUGUGACUUUUUAAACAAA